GUCCCUAUUCCAUAUAUUUCAACUGCGUCAUGUUUACUGACAACAUACUUCAACUUGUAUAUUAGGCUCAGCCUACACGGUCUGCAAAGCAGAGCAAGCGGUACGCGCGAGACUCGUCAACACCGGAUAUGGUGCCACAGGAUGAAUCAGAAGAUCGGAGGCAGGAUCAGCGUCUGAGGCUGGCCUCAUCUGAUCUUGAAGAUUGCGAGGAACUCUGGACGGAUGAGCUUGGUAGAUAUUUCCUCGAGCAGCGUGUGCGAACACGGGAAAUCGAGGCUUGGUUUGAAUCAAAGUCUCUGGAGCGUAACCAAGAAGUAAUCAAGCAUGCCCUGCAGUCCUGCAACUCCCGCCUACAUGUUAUACAGGAGCGGGAGAGGCCGAUACCACCAAAACCCGCUGCCACCGAACCACCAUCGUCGAUGGAAGACGACUCUGCUUCGCAGGAUCAGAAGCCUUGCGUGAAGCAGCCAAGCAUCGGCGAUACCGCUGACGAUGUAGCACGCGAACUUGAAGAUCUCGCCGACACGACGACCCGUAAACCUCGACCCAGGAAAUCCGUGCCUACCAAGCGCAAGCGCGAUAGUCGACUAGCCGCACAUGACACCAAGUCACCUCUUCCCGACAUCUUCGUAGAACCUGCCGCAGAUGCUGCACUGGACGCACUAGAGGAUGAAUUCGACUCACAAGUCAAACGUCCACUUACCAAACGCAAGAAGCUGAACGUCCCCUUACCUACUCCUAGUUUUGAAGAUAGCAUAGAUGACGUGGCCCUCGAACUAGAAAGGUCUGUGGAUGACCUCCCAUCUUCGGUGCGCGGUUCGUCGCCACCUUACUCGAAUGGUGUUCAGACGCCCCAAGCCCCUGCCAAGCGCAAGCGCGCGUCUCGCAAGAAGCGGGCAUUAGCGGACGAUGAGCCCUUUGCCGAAGUCGGCGCAGAUGCCGUGGACGAUGCCUCCGUUGAUGCCUCCGUUGGAUCAAGAACCCUUUCGAGUGGCUUUUAUCAUCUUGAUGAGCAGAUACCCGAGCCGAAAAAAGGGAAGAAGGCUGAUCAUCUUGUGCUUGCUCGGAGACUUGUCGCAUUGGAAGACGCACAGAGGAAGGUUUGGUUGAACAUUGCCCGAAAGGACAUCCCAAAAGUAUAUCGAUUCCACUCGCAAGGCUACUCACACAAGAUCUCUCAUCAUAAGAAACUCUCUGGACUCAUUGUUGCGCAGACCAAGCGAGUUGGAACUCGCUCGAGCAAAAGUACCAAAGAUAUUCAAACGAGAGCACGCCGUCUCACACGAGAGAUGCUCCUUUUCUGGAAGAAGAAUGAUCGUGAAGAGGGCGUCAAUCGUAAGAAGGCAGAGAAAGAAGCGCUGGAGAAGGCCAAAGCUGAGGAAGAGAAAAGAGAGGCGGCAAGACAAGCCAGGAAGCUUGAGUUCUUGAUCACUCAGACGGAGCUUUACAGUCACUUUGUGGGGAACAAGCUAAAAACCUCGGAACUGGAAGCGAGUUCCCAAAAGACUGUUCUAACGGGCACCUCCAAGCAUUCCAUUGACAUUUCGACUCACGAUAGUUCCACGCCCCUUGCUGCACUGGAUUUCGACAGAGACGAUAAAGAAACCCUUACCCUUCAUGCGGCGAGGAAAGCCCAAGAGCAGGUCGCACAGGCUCUGCUGCGUGCCAAGGCAUUCGAUAAGGAAGCAGCCAAGGAUCGACAGAAAAACGAAGCCCCUUUUCGAGAUACAACUUCCGGUACUACACCUGAGCCUGGCACUCACAAGCCUCUUGUUGAUCUUGACUCCGAUGAGCUCAACUUCACGAAUCCCCUUUCAAUGGAGAAUCUGGAGAUUCAGCAACCGAAGAUGCUUACCAUUCCGCUCAAAGACUAUCAGCUCAAAGGUCUCAAUUGGCUGGCAACUCUAUACGAGCAAGGCAUUAAUGGCAUUCUCGCUGAUGAGAUGGGUCUCGGAAAGACUGUGCAAUCGAUCUCCCUACUUGCGUAUUUAAUCGAGAAACAUGACAUUUGGGGCCCUUUCCUGGUCAUCGCUCCAGCAUCCACUCUUUUCAACUGGCAACAAGAACUUGAACGUUUUGUACCGAAGAUGGUCGUUCAGGAUGCGCAGUACUUCCAGAAGGUCAAUUGGCAGUACAUGAUUCUGGAUGAAGCGCAGGCCAUCAAGAGUUCUGCGAGCGCGCGCUGGAAGACACUGUUGGGAUUCCCUUGUCGGAACCGGCUGUUACUCACUGGAACACCCAUCCAAAACUCGAUGCAUGAACUUUGGGCCUUACUCCACUUCAUCAUGCCGACUCUGUUCGAUUCUCAUGAUGAAUUCAACGAGUGGUUCUCUAAGGAUAUUGAGAGUCACGCUGAAAACAAGGGCGAGAGUAAUCUUAACGAGCAUCAACUUCGUCGUCUUCAUAUGAUACUGAAGCCUUUUAUGCUCCGGCGCGUGAAGAAGCAUGUCCAGAAUGAGCUUGGAGACAAGAUCGAGAUUGACCUAUACUGCGAUUUGAGCUUCCGUCAACGGGCCUUGUACCGUGGUCUUCGCGCGAACGUGUCGGUUCAGGAACUGCUGGUUAAAGCUGCAAAGCAUGGGGAUGCAGACAGUGCUCGCUCACUCAUGAAUCUCGUCAUGCAGUUCCGAAAAGUUUGCAACCAUCCGGACUUAUUCGAGAGAGCCGAUGUCACGGCUCCAUACGCCUUUUGUGACUUUCCCAAGACUGUCAGCUUAUUGCGAGAAAAGGACUUGCUAUUUUAUUCUAAUAUCGCAAAAAGCCCCAUCUCUCUAUCACUCCCCCGUAUUUUUUACGAAGAUGGACUAAUUCAUGGUAUCCCUGGCGAAGGAUCUAUCUGCUACGACACGAACCGAGUGCAAUCCCUUAUCAACAUCUGGCGAACCGACUUCUUAGCAGAUUCAGCUAAUUCUGGGCUUUCAUUCCUUCGACUUCUUCGUCUAUCUCCUGGCGAGACACAUUCUUUCUAUAGAGCUUCUUUGAUGUGUCGAGCAGCAUGCACAUCUGCGACCCGAGUCCGGUACCGUGAUGACGGGCCUCUCUUAUACGAUGACGAGUUUGUGGCUAAUUCUCUCUUGCCUCUUGGUCAUGUCGCGUCGACAUUUGUCUCCCGAUUUCUUGACUCGGCUCCGGGAUUACCAUCGCUCAUGGACAUUGCCAUUGAUUAUUGGGAAUCGUCAUGUCUCUCACGCAGUGAUAUCUCGAAAUAUCAUACUUCCAAAGUCGUUGCUCCUACAGUACGGCUCGAUAUAUCGGACAGAUCCUUCGUGGAGUGGCAGAAUCGAUGGUUCGAAGGAAAUACAUCAGAAAAUCGGGCGCUAUACGGUCUUCCCCCUUCCAUUGUCGAAUCACUUCCUGCCUAUGAAACAAUGCAAGACCUCUUGCCCGGGAUCAGCCCUCGGGGAUUAAUCGCAUCCUCGGCACGAGACCAACUUCCCAAAAGUCCCAUCGUCAUUCCGGAACCUAAGAGCCUCGUAACUGAUUCCGCCAAACUUGCACGUCUCGACGCUUUACUGGCGGAGCUCAAAGUCGGGGGUCAUCGGUGUCUUAUUUACUUCCAAAUGACGCGUAUGAUCGAUCUCAUGGAGGAAUAUAUGACAUUCCGCAAGUACAAGUAUCUCCGUCUUGAUGGCUCGUCGAAGCUUGAAGACAGACGGGAUAUGGUUCAAGAUUGGCAAACUCAGUCCGAUAUUUUCUGUUUCCUUUUGAGCACGCGCGCCGGGGGGCUUGGGAUCAAUUUAACUGCUGCCGACACAGUCAUAUUCUAUGAUCACGAUUGGAACCCAUCGAACGACUCGCAGGCGAUGGAUCGAGCACAUCGGCUUGGUCAAACUCGCCAGGUCACUGUGUAUCGCCUAAUAACGAAGGGUACAAUCGAUGAGCGUAUCGUGCAGCUCGCACGUGUAAAGAAAGAUGUGCAAGACAUUGUUGUGGGUGCCAAAGGGUUUGAUGGAGCAAGGACGAAUGAUAUCGCAAGCCUUCUUCUCAAUGACGACGAGUUGGCUGCUGUCAACGAACGAUCUGCUGAAGGACAAUCAGUCGCAGUUAUUUCUCACAACGAUGCAGCCAUCCGAAUGUGGCAUGAUGAAGGAGACGACUUCUUUGCACAGCAACCAUCAAUGCGGACGGCGCUUGAUGUUGAUGUCAACGAAGACGUUCCUUCGGGGAUCGCAACUCCGCGAUCCUUGGCAGCCGCGGUCAUUCCACAGUCGAAGAAGAAGGCUAAAGGCCGGUCCCACAAAAAGAAAGCCGGUCCGGUAACAGGCGACACUCUACCUGAAGAUUUGUGAACCCAUACAAGCCCGUUCUCAUAUAGAAUUUCCGACUUGAUGUUAUUUUGAAUUAUCGUUAUUCCUUGGACUGCUAACGCUUCUUUCCGUUCACCGCAAUCCAACUAGCAACUGCUUGUACACAUUCUUCCCACCCAUCAUUAAUAUUCCCCGUUUGAUUGUCUCAUAGCGCACUUUAACCCACCCAUCUAAUUGCAAUUGUUUUGCCGAGUCCC